ACAAAAUUAGAGCUAACAAAGAGCUCGAAAACCUGAAACAUCACAAAAUGAAGUGUGAAAGUAAUCUCACAGAGACUCUCUCUAAGAUGAAAUCAUGCAGCACGGUGCAGCCGACCUGUCCAGUACCUAAAGUAAUAAAUGAUCCUUGUUAUAAAUGUGAAGAAGGCUGGGAGCUACAUGGAGGAAAGUGCUAUUACUUCUCCAUCAGUAAAUCAUCCUGGAACAAGAGCAGAGAUGAGUGCAGAGCUAAAGGAGGAGACCUGGUUAAGAUAGACAGCAGAGAGGAGCAGACAUUCUUGCAUAGAAGACUGACAGAUGUAAUGACUGAAGCUGAGGACAAGUUCUGGAUCGGACUGACAGACUCAGCAGUAGAGGGCAGAUGGGUGUGGGUGGACGGAUCACCACUGGAUCAAAGUUUGCAGUUUUGGAGUGGCAAAGAGCCAGACAAUUGGAAAGGGCACAAUGGUGAACAUCCUGAUGGAGAAGACUGUGCGAGGAUGGGAGACAAAGGUGGAGCUUAUGCUCUGGAGUGGUGGUUUGAUGCAUAUUGCUCAGAUCCUCACAGAAGUAUUUGUGAGAAAGCAGGAGUAAAAGGACAGUUUAAAAAAGUAUGUGUCUGAAAUUCACUUAUGAAACACCAGAAUGAAGUGAUGUAAUUUUUUACUAAUGAUGUCACAAAAGGAAA